ACGCUAGGGGUAGAACGCGCUCGAGUCGUUUCUCGGCAACGUGCUCGCCACGGUACAGGGGUGGAAACAGAGAUCAGAGAACGCGCGACCCGUUCGAGAUGAAUUUGAAUUCCGUUCGUGAUGACUCGUGACAAUUUCGUAACGCGCGAUCUCUUCAGGAAACACGCACGAGGUGCAGCGUGGAAAACAGAAACUUUCGAAUGAACUCGUGCGGGUGCGUUGAGAUUUCUAUAUAAAUUAUCACAGUGGUGGUAGUAGUGGGUUUCAGUGGUGCUGGUGCUGGUGGCAGUGAUAAUAAUCAGUGAUAGUGGCGUCGACGACGGCAGUGGCGGCACGUGAACCUACGUCGAACACGUUAGAAAAGAUGCGGUGAACCCUCUGCUACCUUUCAAACCGCACCGACCGAAUUUCUCGUUCGACCAUCCAGAAACAGAAAAGCUGAGAAAGGACUGGUAUUGAGAGAGAAUACAGGUGCGUACUGACUGAACUAUCCCAAGAGGGGAUGUGCCAAAACGUUCGAACAUUAUCUACAGACAAACGUGGAAACGCUGCGACGGUGGUAUUAAGUGUGCAGUGAUCACGGGAAAGAGGGUGGUCAAUAUGACUCCUAUCUUCCUCGUCCUGUUGGUGGCUAUCGACCCUAUUAUCGCGCAAAAUGGUGGAAACAUCAGCGACUCCCAAUACAUCACGUACAUGACAAAUCCGCCGACGGUACUGGUGAGGCCACAAUCGCAAUCGGUGAAGGCGGGCAACAUAGCGAGCUUGCACUGCACGGCCGAGGGAUCGCCAGCGCCCCAGAUCCAGUGGCGGAAGAACGGAAAGAAACUUUCCCAGUCUCAGUCACGGUACCUGGUGCAGAACUAUGACAACGGAGUCCUGCUGCGGAUCGAACCUGUCAAAUCGCCUCGCGACAACAACCAGUACGAGUGUCGAGCCGAGAACGGAGUCGGAGACGCGGUGUCAGCCAUGGCGCAGCUCAACGUCUACGAUGCCGACAAAUUACCCAGCGGUUUCCCGUUGAUAUCUCAAGCGCCGACGACGAAGGUGGUCGAAAUGGGUCAUAACGCGGUGCUGCAGUGCUCCGCCGUCGGUUCACCGCCCCCGAUCAUAUCCUGGGUCAAAGACAUGCUGCCCAUCGAUACGACCAACCCACGGUACACGGUUCUGGACUCCGGUGCGUUGCAAAUCAUGAAGUCUGACGUGAACGACCAAGGCACGUACGAGUGCGUGGCGAAUAAUUCCGUCGGCACCGAGUACUCAAAGUCCGCGAUUUUAUACGUGAAAGUUCGUCGCGUAGCGCCGACGUUCUCGAUUCCACCGCCAGCAGUGAGCGAGGUGAUGGUGGGCGACUCUCUGAACCUGACCUGCGUCGCGGUAGGCUCGCCUAUGCCGUUCGUGAAGUGGAGGAAGGGUCCGUCCACCGAUCUCACCCCCGACGACAAUCUGCCGGUGGGCAAGAACGUGCUGAUACUCACCGACAUCAAGGAAUCGGUCAACUACACGUGCACGGCAGCCAGCGACCUCGGUGUCAUCGAAGCCACGUCGAUGGUGAAAGUUCAAUCUCUGCCCAGCGCACCGGAGAACGUCCAAGUGUCUGACAUCACCGCCACCUCCGUAAAACUGAGCUGGUCCCACAAGGAACCGGACAAACAGCAAUACUAUGUGAUACAGCACAAACCGAAACACGUAAAUCAGGCGUUCGCCGAAAUAUCGGGCAUCACCACCAUGUACUAUCACGUCCGCAGUCUGAGCCCUUACACCGAGUACGAGCUCUACGUGAUAGCCGUGAACACGAUUGGGCGUGGUCCCCCGAGUGCCCCGGUGACAGUCACCACUGGCGAGACAACGGAAUCGACAAAUGGAGGUGCCAAACCCGGUACUGCGCCGCGCAAGGUUCAGGCCCGGCCAUUGAGCUCCACCACAAUGGUCAUACAAUGGGACGAACCAGAAACACCGAACGGACAAGUGACGGGCUACAAGGUGUAUUACACGACGGACCAGAACCAACCGAUGGCGUCUUGGGAGCACCAAAUGGUCGACAACAGCCAAUUGACCACCAUCUCGGAACUGACGCCGCACACGAUAUACACGAUACGCGUUCAGGCCUUGACGAGCGUUGGUCCGGGUCCGCUCAGCACACCUAUUCAAAUAAAGACGCAGCAAGGGGUACCGAGCCAACCGGAGAUGUUGACCGCGGUCGACAUAGGGGAGACCAAAGUAACGCUCCAGUGGACCAAGCCCGCUCAUAGCGCUGAGAACAUCAUCAGCUAUGAGCUGUAUUGGAACGAUACCUAUGCACAGGAGAAACAUCACCGGAAAAUCCCGGUGACCGAGAACUACACUUUGACCGGGCUGUAUCCGAACACGCUAUACUACAUCUGGCUGGCGGCGAAGAGUCAGAGGGGCGAGGGUGCUACGACGAUCCCGUGUCCGGUCCGCACGAAACAGUACGUCCCCGGGGCUCCGCCUCGCAAUGUAAGCGGACAAGCGAUCAGCCCGACCUCCAUAUUGGUAACCUGGGAGCCUCCGCCCGAGGAUCGAUUGAACGGAGAGAUCGCUUACUACAAGCUGCAAGUCGUCGAGAGCGGACGCUCCGACUCGGAGGCAAAGGUUAUCAAACUGAAUGACACGCAAUUCGUGUUGGACGAACUGAAAAAAUGGACCGAGUACCGGAUUUGGGUAGUGGCCGGGACCAGCGUAGGUGACGGACCGCAGAGUUUUCCGAUCUCGGUCAGAACUCACGAGGACGCUGAAAAAAUUCCGGGUGAUCCCCAAGACGUGAAAGCGACGCCGAUCAAUUCGACCGCGGUGCACGUCGAAUGGAAACCGCCGAAAUCGAAAGAUCAGAACGGCGUGAUAAGGGGCUACCAGAUACACGUGCAGGAGGUCAGAGAAGAGGGGAAGGAUCUGUUGAAUGAGCCGAUACGACGCGACGUGCAGGAAGACGGCGUGCUGGAAGUGAACAUUACCGGGUUGCAACCUGACACGAGGUACUCGGUGCAAGUGGCCGCUCUAACGAGAAAGGGUGACGGCGAUCGUUCGACUCCUGUUCACGUCAGAACUCCCGGUGGCGUGCCCAACAAGCCGGACGUUAACGUGAAAGUGCUGUCCAAAGACCCCGACGUGGUCGAACUCGAAUGGUCGCAGCCGUCGCAGACGCACGGCGACCUGUUAGGCUACAGGAUCAGAUACGGCAUCAGAAACCAAGUGCUCAAGGAGCAGUUCAUUCAAGGAACUGAGCAGCGCACUUACAAGAUCUCCGAUUUCAAGGAACGCGGAGUGGAUUACGAGUUCAGGAUCGCCGGACAGAAUUCGAUAGGUUUCGGACAGGAGACUAUUCGGUAUUGGUUCAGUCCCGAGGGGGAGCCCACCGGCCCACCCACGAAUUUAUCAUACUUUUUCCAAACGCCUGACACGGUCUGCGUGACGUGGGAUCCGCCUAUGCGGAAACACAGGAACGGACAGAUAAUCAGUUACGACGUGCAGUUCAAUAAGAAGAACGACCACUCGACCACCAUCGACAGAAACACGACGAAGACGAGGGCCGUUUUCACGAAUCUAGAGGAAAACACAGAAUACGUGUUUCACGUGAGAGCGCACACGUCUAUGGGCAGUGGGCCGUAUUCGGAGAAGAUCACGAUCAUGACGGAAAAAGAUAUCGGUCGCGCGCCAAUGUUCGUAAAAGCAGUGGCCACGUCUGACACGAGCGUGGAAGUCUGGUGGGAUCCGGUGCCCAAUCGCGGGAAGAUCGUCGGCUACCAGAUAUUUUACACGACGACCGCGGUGGAAGAUUUGGACGAGUGGAAACAGAAGACCGUCGGCUUGACCGAAUCAGCGGACCUGGUGAGCCUGGAGAAGUUCACGCAGUACGCGAUCACGGUUGCCGCGAGGUACAAGACUGGUCUGGGGAGGCUCAGCGAGAAAGUGACGGUCCAGGUGAAACCGGAAGACGUGCCUUUAGACUUGAGGGCACCGGACUCAUCGACUCAUUCGAUGACUCUCUCCUGGAAACCGCCUAUAAGGCUCAACCCCCAGAAUUAUAAAGUCUCGUUCGAUGCGGUGAAGGAGUUCGUAGAUUCGCAGGGUAUUACUCAGACUCAGGUGAUACCUCGCCGAGAGAUUCUGCUGGAUCCUACUGUAACAAGCACUACUAUAAACGAGCUUCAACCGUUCACCACGUACAACGUAAACGUGAGCGCCAUUCCGCGGGACGGUCAGUAUAAACCGCCGGCUAAAAUCACGAUCACUACGCAAAUGGCUGCUCCGAAGCCUAUGGUGAAGCCAGAUUUUUACGGUGUGGUGAACGGCGAGGAGAUUCAAGUGAUUUUACCUCAGGCCUCCGAGGAAUAUGGGCCGAUCUCGCACUAUUAUCUGAUCGUGGUACCCGAGGACGAAUCCUCGGCCGACAAGCAACCGGACGAGUUAACGGAAGACAUGAUAACUGGCAAGGGCGCGAAAGACAGGGACAAUGCGCCUUACAUUGCCGCUAAAUUUCCACAGAGAGACAUCCCAUACACUUUUCAUCUUGGGAGCGGGGACAUAUACGAGGGCUAUGAAAAUCGAAAAUUGGAGAAGGGGAAACGAUACAGGAUUUUCGUGCGUGCCGUCGUCGAUACACCGAGAAAACAUUUAUACACUUCCUCGCCCUUCUCUGAAUAUUUGUCCCUCGACAUGAGAGAAGUACCUCCCGGCGAGCCACCCCGACGACCCAAUCCGAACACUCCUGUGGAUGGAAACCCCGAGGUUUCAGUGAAAACCAGCGGUCAGGAACCGGGAAUGGUAUGGGUGGUCGGACCAAUAAUAGCGGCUUUAAUGGUCAGCGUGUUCCUCGUUCUUCUCUUCGUUAUCAAAAAACGCAGACAACCGUGUAAAGCACCGGACCAAGCGGCCGUCACACGUCCCUUAAUGGCCGCGGACAUUAGCUCGAACCAUGCACCCUCGGACCCGGUAGAGAUGCGCCGUUUGAAUUUCCAAACACCCGGCAUGGCCUCUCAUCCACCGAUCCCGAUCAGCGAACUGGGGAAUCAUAUCGAGCGUCUAAAAGCGAACGACAAUCUAAAGUUCAGUCAGGAAUAUGAGUCGAUAGAGCCCGGACAACAAUUCACUUGGGACCAUUCGAACAUGGAGGUGAACGCCUCGAAGAAUCGUUACGCGAAUGUGAUCGCGUACGAUCACUCGAGAGUCAUUCUGCAGACCAUCGAUGGCAUAUCAGGCACAGACUACAUAAACGCGAAUUACUGCGACGGAUACAGGAAACAAAAUGCGUACGUAGCGACGCAGGGACCGCUUCAAGAGACGUUCGGCGAUUUCUGGCGAAUGUGCUGGGAGCUGAGGUCGUCGACGAUAGUGAUGAUGACCAAGCUCGAGGAGAGGACAAGGAUAAAGUGCGAUCAGUACUGGCCGAGCAGAGGCUCGGAGACUUACGGUCUGAUGACGGUCACGAUCACGGACGUACAAGAAUUGGCUACCUACUGUAUCCGAACCUUCCAAAUCUUGCGAGCCGGUUACUCGGAGAGACGGGAGAUCAAACAGCUGCAGUUCACGGCUUGGCCGGACCAUGGCGUGCCCGAGCACCCCGCGCCGUUCCUGCAGUUCUUGCGUAGAGUCAGAUCCCUGAAUCCACCCGAAAGCGGACCACUGAUCGUUCAUUGCAGCGCCGGUGUCGGGAGAACCGGCUGCUUUAUCGUCAUAGACUCGAUGCUAGAGAGGAUCAAACACGAGAAGAUGAUCGACAUUUACGGCCACGUGACCUGCCUACGCGCUCAGAGGAACUACAUGGUGCAGACCGAGGAUCAGUACAUAUUCAUCCACGACGCGCUCUACGAAGCGGUGAUCUGCGGCAACACGGAAGUGCCCGCGAGGAACCUGCACUCGCACAUUCAGAAGCUAAUGCAACCGGAGAUCGACAACAUCACCGGCAUGGAGCUCGAGUUCAAGAAACUGUCUAACAUCAAAGUCGACUCGUCGCGAUUCAUCUCGGCGAAUCUGCCAUGCAACAAGCACAAGAACCGAUUGGUGCACAUCCUGCCGUACGAGUGCACCAGAGUGUGCCUGCAGCCACAGCGCAAUAUCGAAGGCUCCGAUUAUAUAAACGCGAGCUUGAUCGACGGCUACCGAUACCGAGGGGCCUACAUCGCGACGCAAGGUCCGCUCGUCGACACCACCGACGACUUCUGGCGUAUGCUCUGGGAGCACAACUCCACCAUCGUGGUCAUGCUGACAAAAUUAAAGGAGAUGGGCAGGGAGAAGUGCCACCAAUAUUGGCCAUCCGACAGGUCGAUUCGUUAUCAGUGCUUCGUGGUGGACCCGAUCGCGGAGUACAAUAUGCCACAGUACAUACUGCGCGAGUUCAAGGUGACGGACGCGCGGGACGGGGCUAGUCGCACGGUCAGACAGUUCCAGUUCAUCGACUGGCCGGAACAGGGAGUGCCGAAGUCCGGCGACGGGUUCAUAGACUUCAUCGGGCAGGUGCACAAAACAAAGGAGCAGUUCGGUCAAGACGGGCCGAUCACCGUUCACUGUAGCGCAGGCGUCGGUAGGACUGGAGUCUUCAUCACGCUCAGCAUCGUGCUGGAGCGUAUGCAGUACGAAGGAGUCGUGGACAUAUUCCAGACGGUCAGAAUAUUACGAACGCAACGUCCGGCGAUGGUUCAAACCGAGGACCAGUAUCAGUUUUGCUAUCGCGCCAGUUUGGAAUAUUUAGGCUCUUUCGAUCAUUACGCCAACUGACAACCCGACACGCGCGAGGAGAGGGAAUCGACCAGAGACAGAAGAGAUCGACAGAGAAACGAAAGGGAGGUAGGCGAACGGGCGAAAGUGCGUCGCGUCUAGUACGUGAAGCCACUCGAGAGAAGUAUGUAAGUUUGUAAGUAUGUAGCCUAUACCAUGAUACCGGGCAUGAACGUACUGUACUCGUACCUUCCACGGACAAAUAAUAAUAGAGAAAGGGCGAUAAAUUGUUAACUUGUCGGGCGAUUAACAUCGUAGCAGCCAAGUAUAAUCAUAUAGUCGGUGGUGUUGCAGCAGUCAAAGCGGAGAAUUUCGUUUUUAUCAGCAUCGAAAGUGCUCACCGAAUCAGAUUCCCGGGACAAAACUGCCGUACGCCUCUCAGAGAAUCGUAGGAAAGCAAUCAUAUCUGUAGACAUGUUCUUUACCGAAAUCCGUUCGUAGUUUACAAAAGAAAAUACAAAAACUCAUAAAUUCAGACUUUCUCAACUUAAGAGCUGAUUCGAUAAGCGAUAGGAAAUAUUGAAAGGCAAUCGUAAUCGAUAGUUCGAUCAAAUGAAACAUAUCCAAUCCGAUUACGUGUCCCAGUAUCGCUCGGAGAUUCUUUUAAAAGUAACUGACGAGGAUUAUUAUUUUGCGAUCGUGUGCCUUGCGGUCGAACGUCAAUGUGCACACGUAGAGACAUUCCUGGUUGUCGGAUAACAGUGCUUCCAUAUUAGUGGAAAACGCAACGUCUGAAAUGUAACGACUACGAGCGCAAAAUGCGCUUCGUCAGGAACGAGAAGAGUUGAGAAACUUCCGUGGUAUAAAACGCGCGUGGCACAUUCCAAAAAGUACUUAUCGAUGCGACGAAAAAAAAAUCGUGUGAACCUUGGCACACCGUAAAGAAAACAGAGAGACGUAAAUUUCCGCUCGGCGACGAGAAAAUUACCAUACUGCCAAAUCGACAAUUAAUCAUGCUGAACCCAUUACGCACGAUAGGGAUCUUCUCAUUACCUACUGUAAUUUUAAGUAGAUCGUAAGGCGGUUGUUCUAAGAUUAGCAUGUAAAAGAUGCCAUUAGAUGAAGAGGAAAAAAAGAGAAUAAUAAUGCAACUGGACUGAAUGGAAGAAGAGUGAAAGGAAACGGUGCCUAUAUCCAAUUAAAAAAGAAUGCACAAAAUGUGUUGUGCAGGUUUCUAAGCGAACUAAUUUAACUAACUAGAAAAGCACUGUAUGUUGAAUUUGCGUACUGUUCCCCCGAGCCCUCGAUGCCCUCGUGUACAAAGUUCCAUUAUAGGCUUCUACCUCGACUACUUUUACGAUUCUUUUCGGCAGCUAAAAGGACAACUGAAACUCGCUUCACGUUCAAAGAAAUAAAAUUCCUUUUCUUAGUAGGACUUAAUCAAAGAGCAGUAGUUUAGCGUCAAAGAGAGAUGAGAGUCAACGAAACUAUAAUUCUAGUUAGUCGAUCAUUGUCCCCGGUACGUAGAGCAACGCCAAAUCAAUGCCAAGAACAAACGUUGAUCGUGCAUCGACUGGAUGCAACUGUGUAUCUCCUUUUUGAUAAUAAUAGAAAGUUUUUCGACGCGUGUAUCACUCGCGAUUUAAAGAUUUACAAAAAUUCUUCGUAGUCUAUGAGGACAAUAAGCAUGUGCUCGUUUAUAUAUCUUCUACAUUUCGAAAUUUUCAUCGUACCGUUCGCUAUAGAAUCGUUCUAUCGCAGUUCAAUAAUGGUAGAGCGUAAAAUUAUAUUUAUAGAAAUAUAUCAAAUAUACAUACAUACGAUAAAGAGAUUUUUAAUAUACUUAAAUAGAACGAAAGGACUUACAGAUUUUCGUUUUUGGCAUUCCUUUGGCUUCGACCGUCUGUACAAUAAUCUAUUCUCGUUAUGGGAGUCAGCAGGCAGGAGGGAAGCGGAGAGGAGAACUAAAAUGAUGCAACAAAAAACAGUAUUACUUUAUCACAUCGGAUCAUUAAAUUUCGAGCAUUCUAAGUUUUAUUUUAGAGUGGUUCGAGGGUCAGGAAUUGUGACUAAGUGUACAUAAAUGCACCGUCUGUCAUUAACAACAUUAUAUAAAUAUAAAUAUAACUAUAAAUAUGGAUAUAAAUAUAAAUAAGAUGAUGAAUAAUAUAUACAUAGAUAUAUAUUAUAGAUAUAUCACAAAUGAAAAGAGUACGCAUUUAAAGAAAAAGAAAACUGUGGAUAUUUUCCAGACUGAUUUUGUUUCGUUUCCGUCGAAGAGCACGCCGUUCUGUAUCAAUCUUGAUUUGGACGCUUCUCGUUUCUCAAUGCACCUUUUGAUACUAUUUUUUGGAUAUCGUUGUUUUACUUGCAUAUCUAGUUUUUUACACGGACGUUUAUAUCGAAGAAUGAAGUAAUGUACUCGAUUAUUUCUGAACGUGCAUCGUAUCUCAUAUCGUUUUUUAUUUAACGUUGUAAGACUGAAGGCCAUUGCGUCUAAUAUAUUAUCACGUACGUGUAUUUUCGGUACUUGCAAAAGUACUUAAACGCCUCGGUCGUCGUUACGGAAGGUAGACUUAUACUUAAUCCCUGUAUCUCUAUCAUUGUCCGUUUAAACUUAAAAGAUCUCGCCGCGUGAUGUUCUCUUUUUACACGAUUUUUGUAGACGUUUCCACAAAUUCGUUGGUCUUUGGUACGAGCACGAGUCACAAAGUAAUGCUAUUUUUGUAAUUACACACUUUUUUCUAUCUGAUACUUUACGCGUACAUUUAUUUCCCUCUUCUUCUUCUUCCUCAUUUAUUUACGUUUAAGUUGCAUGGCAAUUAACGAUAUCGUAUUUCUGUCCCCCCCCCCCAAAAAAAAACGAAUUCUAACUGACAAUGAAGAGACUCGAAAUAAACGACUGUUUUUCAUUAAAUCAAAUCAACAGCUGUUAAUUACACUUUCCGAUAAAAAGUGUACUGUUCUUUAAAAAGUACAAUUGGGUAACAAAAACUUGAUUAAACAGAGGGUCGUUACACGUGGUAUGCAACCUGCCACUGAGAAAAGGCUGAAAAAUGAACAUACAUCAAAAGAUACGUUUCCUCGAACGAUAUCAAUUUAUCAGACGUAUUCGAUAAAGUCGUUAAGAGGUGAAAACGAUUUCAGUUUAGAGGAUCCAUAGGAAAUAGCGGUAGAAUACUUUUUGUACGAUAAUUUUAAGGAGGCGAUUGUUAACUUUCGAUUGAAUUUCUGAAUCUGAAUGGUAAAUUUGAUUAACGGGGAGAGGGAUACAAAAACGUGCACGAGGAGUGCGGUCUUUCGCCAAGACGGUCGACAACUUCGCGUUCAAAGUUCCAGAUUGCAAAUAAAAUACGUUAUGGGAAACGAAAAAGUUGAAUGAUUGUAUAAACGUAUUACUAGUUAUAAGUUCGUAGCGUUAUGGAACUGUAUUCGAUGAAUUUACCGAUACAAACAAGUCCACGACAUUCAUAUAUUUCUAAGCUAUCGAUCGUAACGUUAUUACGUUAUUUUGUAUCAUUCCAAAAGUUUUUGUGUACGUUGUAAUUUAGCUGCGUGUCUAUCGUUAGUGUUUAUAAUUUUUUUUAUAUCCCAGAGUGUAUAGCAAUAUGUGGUUUGUUGUAUUCUUCUUCUUAAAAAAAAAAAGAGGAAAAAGAGUAAAACGAUUAUACGAGUCACGUUUUCGGAGCGAUCUCUAACAAUACAACAAAUAAAAUAUACAAUCGGCCAGUUUAUUGCUCCGUGCAAUAUACCACCACAACGAGUUUGCUAAAAGCGUUUGUGGGACGAACAACCCGAGUUAAUUCGUUCGGAUGUGAUCGCAGCCGUUUGGCCGCGGUCGUCAAUUCCGAAAGAGGAAAAUGUGAAUUAAAGAAACAAAGAAUAAGUCAAAUAUUAAAUAUCGUUGAAAGAAUGGGAAAUUAUUUUGUGAUACUUUCUUGCCAGAAAGAAUACAACAGGCUGAAGUGAAUAUAAUAAAUGCAAUGUUACUAAUUAACACCUAUACAAAUUAAAUAUUGUGUAAUAGGAAGUCUGUUGACGAGGAGAAAUAAUGUGUACAUUAUGUAUUGCCCUGCGGCAUCAAUAAACUAAUAACUAACGUA